AUGGACUACUCGGCCAUCUCCAAUGAUCCGGACCAUUCCACGGGUGCUUCGCCCUGGGGCUCUCCGCGCGCCGACCGCACGACGUUCCCCACCUCCGUCAACACCGACAUCUCGACGUCCCCGUUACCCGGUCAAGACCAUACUGCGGGUCGCGCGGAUGGUGACCGAGAUACUAAUCCUCAAUCGCCAGAUCUCUCUGCGCGGCUGCAGAACGCUCAAUUAGGGGAGCCCGGCUACCCUGACGAGCACCCCCAGUUCGCGGCGCAGCCAUCUCCAAACGCAGAUCAGCAGCACUCACAGCUCCCCACAAGGCACCAGGCUGGAAUCCGACAGAAUUCUCGACCUCCAGCCCCUGCAUACAAAAUUCAAGGCAAAAUUACAGGUCUUGAAAGAACCGGCAAGAAGGAUCCUAUUCUCCGCUUCGAUGUCCACACCAACAUUCCGAAGUUUCGUACCACUCAAUAUCGCGAUGUUCGCCGUACUCACUCGGAAUUUGUCAAGCUCGCCGACCAUCUGAUCUCGGCCAACCCGGAAGCCUUAGUGCCCGCCGUUCCACCUCCUGUCACUCCAGCUGGGGCAGGCACAGAUGAAGAUGAGAUUCGGGUCAAGGCUGCAAUGCAGCGCUGGCUGAACACUAUCCUGAGCAAUGAGGUGCUCAUUCAGGAUGAUGAGGUUGUGCUGUUCGUGGAGAGCGAUUUCGGAUAUAGCCCGGUGCUUCGGAUGAAACAACCUGCUACAGGGGUACGACGCAAAAUGCUGAAGCAGUUUGCGCCACCGCCAGAUGAUACCCCUGAGCUUCAAGCUGCUCGGCCGGUUGUGAAGAUGUUCUACCUGGGAUCAAUGGACUCCAGCCACAAGGUUGACCGAGUCGUCAAAGCGCGUCGAGGCCUUGGAUUGGCUGAAUCUGAUUUCGGCGUGAAGCUUGGCCAGAUGCACGUCCAGGAGACCCAUUCUGGCCUAAGCACGGCGUACCGCAAACUCGGGAAAAUUAUACAAACUGUUGGAGACUUUCACGCAGUUCAGGCCACUGCCGAGGCCACUACCUUGGGGGAGCCGUUGAGUUACCAUUCGUCGGAUGCUUUUAUUGUCAAGGAGACCUUGACCAACCGCCACAUUCUGUUGCGAGAACUCCUCCAGGCCCAGCAACUUGCUCGGAGUAAACGAUCUGCAGCAGACCGAUUGAAAGUUAGCUCAUCAGUGCGUCCGGACAAGGUGGAUGAGGCGAUCAAUGCUCUGGAGGAUGCCCAAAACCACGAGGAAUACCUUACCAAGCGUUCCCAGCGAGUGACCAACAAUCUCCUCCAAGAAAAGCGUCGGUGGUUCGAUCGGACUACCAAUGACCUUCUAUUCAGCUUACGCGAGUAUGCUUUGCGUCAAAUUGAAGCAGAAAGACGGACUCUGGCUACUUUGGAAAGCGUUCGCCCUGAUAUCCGCACCAUUGAUGCUUCUGGGGGUCUCAGUCGACUUGGGCGUGAAGCUCACCCUGCCGUGCGCCGUGCAAAUCUGACCUCAAGCCAGGGCCCCAAAGGCGAUGCAUGGAGCGGUGUAGCCCGUCGCCCAGAUAGUAUGGGGCGUAGUAUGAGUGGCAGCUUCACUGCGCCAGGAUUAAAUGACGACGCAGACGAGGAAGGACGCCCAGAGUCUGGCCAGGGACGCCUGCGAUCUACCAGCCAGACCGAGUCGAUCGCAGAGGAUGAUGAUGACCGGCUUGAUGCGCGCAACGCAGCUAGCCGGCUGGCAGGUAGCACGUUCUGA